AUGUCCGCCCAAGCUUCGAACCCCUCUCACCUCCUCCUCUCGCGCAAUCCCCGCUCUCCUGCCCAUCCACAGCUGGCACCGACUUGGACUGCCCGUCAUCCGGCGCCUGCGAACGGAUGGAGCGGACCAAGCGGGAGCUCGAGUAGCGAUAUCGACCGCGCUCGAUUCCCUUCCAAUUCGUUCCCGCCGGUCGGCCAUCCAGCGCACGACAGUAGUGAAGAGGAGGAUCAGGAAGAGGUGGAGAUUGAGGAUGAGGUCUUUGAUGUGCACCCGACAUUUCGGAAAGAUGCGGCUUUACCGGGAAGGAUAAAGGUGAUUGUGGGGAGAUACGAGUUUUGGUGUCAUAAGGAGGUGCUGUGGUUCGCUUGUCCGUUCUUCCAGGAUGUGCUGCAAGGAAGCUGGGCCGAGACGAGCGACAGACGAUUAUACGAAACAUCCGCUUCUCCACUCCCUUCGCUUCGCAACUCCAUCAUCGCCGAGUCCAUCUCAGCCGGGACGGAUACGGACCAAGAUCAUAGUGGGCCUUCUAUGGCGGACGUGAUGCGAGAUCUGCGGGACCUGCCGGAUAUCGCCAACUCGGUGGAUACGCUGUCCAUCCUCGACCCAACGUCGCUCAACCUCCCUCAAUCGGAUAUACCCCUUCUCGGAGAAAUCUCCGCCCUCCCUCCGCCUCCUUCCAUACCACCACGAUCUUCGUCCGCCCUUCCACCACUCGACGCCACCUCUUCUCCUCAACCCACAACCCCUCGCCCGCCGCCGGGUCCGCGUCGGCCUAUCAGGCGCCGCUCCUCCGCCCAGUACUCUAUCGCGUCCGGUAAGCGGGAUCCGUCCAUCGGUCGUCUACGCGCCUCCGCUGGUCGGACGCCGAAAGACCAGGACAGCCGGAUGGACGCUGUCGUACAGCUACACGAGGAGUCGGCUUCUGCGUUCCAUGACUUCCUGUUCUGGGCGUAUCCACAUUUGGAGUGUAAGGUGACAUGGACGAACGUGGAAAAUCUUCUGGCUCUAGCCUGCAAGCUCAUCGUACCUGCCCUGCAAAAGCUAUGCGAGCACUUCCUCCUCACCCACGCAUCCGGGAAGCCCGUCAUGGCGUUGUCGCUGGCGGAGCAGCACGGGCACGCAGAGCUGUUCAGGGAAGCUAGCAGAUUCGUACUGGAUCAAUCCACCUGGAAUGCGGAAGAGAUGGACGAGCUGAGCGAUGUGACACAACUUAAGCUGUCUCAGCGGAGAACAUGGUUUCUGGAGCGAUUGCUCAAGCUGGGCACAAUAGACGUAAGGAAGGAAUACGCUUGCAGACCGGAAUGUCCCGAUUCUCCCCGGUGUCAGGCGUUGCUGGAUGAGAAAUGGAGACAGGCGCAUCAAGCUGUGUGCCGGUAUGGUCCGCCUCAGCCUUCCGUUGCUUUCAGAUGUCUGCGUCAGCUUGAGACAUUCCCUACCAAUCCAUCACUCGUCAUGCCGCACCCGCUGUGCCAAUCUGCGGCAAAGACAUUCAUCAUGCUCCCUUAUAAUAUAGUGUUCGACAGAAUGUUCCAGCCAAAGACUGUGACGAGCCCGCUCACUGCAGGUACAGAGAAAUAUUGGCUGUUCAUCACGUUGUACUGA